GUGUGGCUCUUGGUUCCCCUAGCAACCGGGCUCAGAGAGGAGGCGCAAGCGGAGGACAGUGCCGGCGACUCUGAGAGCCCGUGGCCGAGAGGCUGCGGGAGGACUUGACCUUUUCCCGGAGGAGUCCGCCGGCCGCCCCACCUAGAGGAGAGCGCGCAGGCCCCUGGCAGCCCCUCCCGGCCGCACGCCGAUCCUGGCCUUCAGGCCUUGUGGGGAGAGAAGCUGAGGAAGCCUUCCCUCCGGGCUCAUGCCCCAAAGAGACCUUUGAGGUCCCACCCCCGGCCUCCGGGCCAGAGAGAGGACAAUUCAGGAUCUGUUUCUCUGUGAGGAGGUGUAAGGUUCUCUGCUGCUUUCCCCGCCCAGCACAACACUAUUGUCAGGUCUGAAACAGAGGUAAGGAGAUCAGUUUUAUUCACAGCGUGUCGUGGCUGCUCGUUACACGUAUGUGGACUACGUGAACGAUCUUAAACAAAUGUAGGAGGGAAGAGUUACCCGUCUUUUACAGGUGGGAGGUCAAAGGCUUGGAAGGCGAAGUUAGUUGCCCAAGGAUGCAAGUCCUGACCUUGUGCGUAUGACGAACACAGCCGUUCCACAUCACUCGGGGAUCGUUGGGCCUGAUGGAAAGCAGGCUUGACCUGUCACAGGGGCCAGACCCUGGUGGGGUGGGAGUGAGGAGAAGUCAGCCAAAGUUUUGAAAUCAGAGUUAAGAAUCAUUUCCCAAAGUACAGCACUUUGCUUUAAAAACAAAAAGCACAAACAUUUUCAGGUAACAUCUGCUAAAUACAGCGCAUUAAAAUUUCCCCAAAGACAAGCUGGUGUCAAGUUCUGUGAAAUCUCAGAAAAAAUUGUUUCAGAAGGAUGGGGAGCUGGAGGACUGGAAACGUCCUCGGGAGUUAGGUCAACCACCCUAAGGAGAUGGAGCAGAGACUGGGAGGCAGGAAGGCAGCGGAGGAGAAGGGGGCGGGGGGGCGGAGGCGGGGGCAGGAGGAAAGGACCCGUGAAAGUUAAAGGCCCUGGAACCAUGGGUCAUGGACACUCCAGAAACAGGACAUGCACGUUUGCGUAAGCUGCACGUUAGGGGGAGGGGAGGCGGGCAGCCGGGCAGCGGCAGUCUUGGAGACCAGGUGCAGGAUAGCUAGGCCCACCCUGGUUCGCCCAACGUCAGGAGGGUCCCCAGUAGCGCUCAGUGGAAUAAAAGGCAGGAUGCCAGGCUGCCCAGCAUCAGGGACCAGCGGGGCACGGGGGCCUGGCUGUGGGGACGCAGGGGCCGGGGCAGAAGGUGAAGCCAGCAGGGAGGUGAGAACAGGGUGGAAAGUAGGGGGAGAACUGAGUUUCCAGAGGGUUCGGAGGCAGAAUCGGGGAGUUUUCCAGUGGCGCAUGCCCUCCUGCGGGGUCCAGCCCUUCUGGAUGUUCUCACUAAGACGGCUGGUAACGAUGGAGUGAGGUCAGGCUGCCCAGGGCCAUGGCUCUGUCCGGCCACGAACAGCAGCCCAGGUCCGCCCGUGACUGACCCACCCCACAGACGCCCCUGUGCCUCAGCGUUUCAGCCAAAUCCCUUUGGACCGUUAGCAACAGACACCUCCUGGGGUUAGUUUAAGGAAAAGAGGAUAUAAUGUGCGAAGUCAGGACACUCUCCCGGGGCCUGGAGUCAGGACAGGAGGGGCCAGGAAGGCAGCCUCCCUGUCAGUCUGUCCAUCCUUUCGCCUUUAUUCCUGGAUCAGAUUCCCCUCUCUGCUUCUGUCUGUCCGUCUGCCCCAGGCCCUCUUACUCUCUCACUCGCCAUGCACCUGGCCAGCGCUGACGGGCGCUUUGUCCUCCGGCCGCAGCUCACGUCUCUCGGGGGGGAGGGGGACACGAAUGACCAGCUUGGGUUGGUAUCCACCAGUGGCCACACGCUGGGCAGCUGCGGGUGGGGGCGGAGCUUACAGACAUGGCCGCCUGUAGGGGGUGGGGCUCUCAGGGAAGGGGGGCCUCCGAGGAUUGUGGUCGGUGGUUGGUGCCAAGAAACCCGACGAGGGCGGGCGCAGAAAGCCAGAGGCCGGAGGCGACCACGGCUGUGCGUGCAGCUGAGCUCCACAGGCUGAAGAGAGCCGUGUGGACACCGGGGCCGGGUGGCGUCACAGCCUGCUCGUGGUGCCAGGCGGGUGGGGGUCCAGAGAGGCCCCGGAGAAGCCCGGGUACAGCGGCCAAGGGCGGGAGGGGGCCGCCUUCAGAGUGCCGUGGCCGCCACGCCGCCCCACGAUGCCGUGGAAGCACCCCAGCCAGACCCCGCCCUCAAAGGGAGGCAGGAGCGGCGGCCUGGGCGAGGGACGUGGUGUCUUCCAGGGAGGAUGAACCGGCUGUGCGACACGGAGCCCAGGGUGAUGGAUGAUGAGAUGCUCAAGCUAGCCGUUGGGGAGCAGGGCCCGCGAGACGAGGCCGGGCAGCUGGCCAAGCAGGAGGGCAUCCUCUUCAAGGACGUCCUGUCCCUGCAGCUGGACUUCCAGAAAGCAAACGUAGAAAAAGGGGCACAUAAACAACAGCUCUCUGUGGUUUCUAAGAGAACCGGGGACAAGGUCAGGCCCCUAGAGUUUUACACGCACAGCGUGCGCUUGUCACGCUAAGUAUUACUCAGAGCUCUUGGCAGCCGUGACAGAGACCAAGCUCCGCCUGGCUCAGGAGCAAGGGGAUGAUGGGCCGGCUGCCUGGCCAGGGCUGGUCUCCAGCGGCCGGGGGCUCAGGCACCUCGGUGACGUCAGGAGCUGCCUCUGUGGCGCGCUUCAUCCCCUCCCCGUAUACGGACAUCCGGGGCCUCAUCCUCGAGCGCUCGCACGGCAUGUGAUUCCAGGUAGAGACGCUGCAGGGUCCGUGGGCACAGACAUUAACUAUUUCCUUCCACGUGGCCAGAGCACCCUCCCGAUGGCUCCACUAGUUGACUGGCCACCCCUGCAGCCUCAGUUCUAUUUGUCACCCUGGGGGGCCCUGCCCGCGCCCUGUGUCCUGAGCCCGGGUGUUUCGAGGGGGAGCCCUGUGAGUCCCCGCCCUGGAAGGCCCGCCCCCCUCCACCCUGCGUGGGCCCACCCGGCCCUGUGGUGGCCCCGGACGGCAGCACCAACAGGGACCCCGAGCUCCGCGGAGCUGGGGCCCACACCUCCAGGGCUCCCUGCGCUCCGGGGAAGGCAGCGGGGCUCUGGGGCCUCUCCCACGGCCAGCGUCAGUCACCCGGCCCCCAAGACGCUGGAACUAUACCCUAACCCUGACCCGGGCCGGAACCGGCCAAAGCGCGUCCAACAUCGUUUCAGACAUCCUCCGCAUCGACGGCCUCUGGCAGUUUGAGAACCUGCGGAAGCUGCAGCUGGACAACAACAUCAUCGAGAAGAUCGAGGGCCUGGAGAACCUCACACACCUGGUCUGGCUGGGUGAGGCCCCCGCGUGUCCCCCAGCCCACAGUGACACCUCCCGAGGCUGCCCCCCAGGCUGCUUCCCAAUACAGGCAACCUGGGGCAUCGAGGUCCCUCCCAGCUUGCAGGACACUCAGCUGUGGUUGUGAGGACGGCCGCCAGACCACAGCAACCCCCCCCGGGGCAGGAUUACAGUGUCAUCUCACGGGUGCAGAGGCUGAGGGGCUGGUGGACUUGGAGCUGCAUGUGCCGGCAGCAGAGCAGACCAGAGCCAGGUCUCCUGACUGCCGGGCCCAGGUCUCGCCCAGACAAGCCCUCCCGGCAGCCCAGCACCCGUUAAUGCUGAGUCCCGGGCUCGGCGGCCCACCUGCACCACCAGGAGAUGGAGGAGGGGAGGGGGCGGGUCAGCCUAGACCCUGAGCCUCACCCCCUCUGAAGGCCCUGCUUUUAGGCAAGAGCUCCCAGGCCCCGCAGUCUCGCGGACAUAAAACAAGGGUCACGGGUCCCCGUGAGAUGCCCCUGUGAUGCCUAGUGUUCUGUGGUGGGGGGGGGGCGGCGAGAGAGCCGGAGGGGAAAGUUCUGGCAAGCGGUCAGGCUACCCCCUCAGAGAGUCGGAAGCCUGCCUUUGUCCAGCCACGUGCACUGCCCCCGGCCCGGCUGGUGGCCCGGUCAGCUGUCCCAGCGCUGGGGGCGGGCGGGAGCCGGCUGGCACUGCCCCCAGACGCUAACUGUCCACAUCUUGUCCCAGCUUUACACUCAGGCCCGUCCUGUUGGUAGCUUGAAAUUGGCCACGGUGGGAGUAUUUACACCACCGAAGUCAGCAAGCGCUACAGGUCAGGGCUGCCCGCGCCUUCCCCCCGUUAAACGUUUACCAGCACGCCUGCAAAGAGCAGAGCCCGGCUGCAGGCGCGAAAGGAAGCAGGCUGACCCAGUGCAGGUCCCGCUCUGCCAACGUGCUAGCCGGUUCUGUACGUUACCUCCGCCCUCUGCGCCCUACCUUCCUUACGUGCUCUUGAUCUUGAGCACGUGACCACCAGGCCCCUUUGAAUCCUGGCUCCCUCAGCCCUAAGAUGCAGGCGGUGACAAACGAGGAAACGCCCGCCCGGGGAGGGCCUGGUGUAGGGAGAGUGUCCCGGGAGAGCGUCCCCUGAGGCGCCAGGGAGGCCAGACUGACUUCCUGAGUCCCCUUUACACAUGAGGGCUUUAGCUGAAGCUCUUGAGAAGUUCCCAGUUUGGGCCUCUGGGCCAUCGAUGUCCAGGGACACCAACCCCAACCAAACCCCCAAACCCGUGGUGGCGAAAAAGCAGUUUUAUUCCCAAAGACAAGAAACUUGGGCUAGGGGGGUCCUGAGGUCUCAGCCGGGGCUGGGCCUGGAGUUUGGGGCAGCCCGGCCCGUGCGGGUCUCCCCCACCCCAAAGUGCGCUGCCCCCACCCGCCAGGGAGUUUCCAUCCCAGAACGAGGGCCGCACAGACCGAGUCCGGGGCCGGGAAGGGGGCAGCAGAGCCGGGGGGGCGGGGGGGUCGGAUUCAGGACAGUCACCCUAACCCAGAGCCGUCCUCCAGACCUGUCCUUCAACAACAUUGAGGCCAUCGAGGGGCUGGACACGCUGGUGAACCUGGAGGACCUGAGCCUGUUCAACAACCGGGUCUCCAAGAUCGACUCGCUGGACGCGCUGGUCAAGCUGCAGGUGCUGUCGCUGGGCAACAACCAGAUCGGCAACGUGAUGAACAUCAUCUACCUGCGGCGGUUCAAGGACCUGCGGACGCUCAGCCUCUCAGGGAACCCCGUCGCCGAGGCCGAGGGCUACAGGACGUUCAUCUGUGCCUACCUCCCCGACCUGGUGUACCUGGACUUCCGGCGCAUCGACGACCACGUGAAAGAGCUGGCGGAGAUGAAGCACCAGUACAGCAUCGACGAGCUGAAGCACCAGGAGAGCCUGAUGCAGGCCCGGCUGGAGGAUGAGCGGGCCCGGUCGGGGGAGCUGGAGGAGCACAAGGCGGCCUUCGUGGAACACCUGAACGGCCCCUUCCUGUUCGACAGCAUGUACGCCGAGGACGUGGAGGGUAGCCAGCUGUCCCACCUGCCCGGCGUGGGCGAGCUCUUGCAGACCUACAAGGACAAGUUCGUCAUCAUCUGCCUGAACAUCUUCGAGUACGGCCUGAAGCAGCAGGAGAAGCGGAAGGCGGAGCUCAACACCUUCAUGGGGUGUGUCCAGGAGGCCGUCCAGGAAAAGCAGGAGCAGAGCAAGGCCAAGAUCGCCAAGUUCGAGGAGAAGCACUUGCUGAGUUUAAGCGCCAUCCGAGACGAGUCUGAACUGACCAACUUCGAGAUAAAGAUGGCGGAGCACAGCGAGGACAUCACCGAGCUGGUCGACGUCCUCAUGACGCUGGAGAUGCAGCUGGUGGAGCAGCUGGAGGAUAGAAUGAAGGCUCCCGGCACGCAGCCUGUAGUCGCUGCAUCUCGGGGCGAGCGAGGAGCCUCACGAAGUGCUGCUACGUGAAACCCGGGGCGGCCAGACCGACCUGGGCGUUUGUUUACCAGGCAGCUGGAGGCCAAGGCCGGGGCCUGCAGAGCGGUGAUGAAGGGAACCUCCCGCCUGCUGCCGUGGCCCCCCGGCCAGCGCCUCCUCGAUGCCUCCCUCGUCCAGGUUCCCAGCACAUCACAGAGCAGACGCUCGCUCCCCACUGGGGAGGCUGCGGCGCCGCACAGCACGUCCGUGGGGCAUCGGGGGGCUCAGGCAGCGGCUCCCAACCUUUCCGAGCAGGAGGACCCCCUCGUCAGCAUCCCGCAAUUCACCAGAACCUGUGCUUGACUUACUAGCCGCCAAAAAGCUACUAAGUGGAGCUGUGCUUUUCAACGGCCCAAUGUUUUUUCAUUACAAGAGGGUUUACACACAUUUGAAAAAAAAUGUAUAAUUAGCUCAGUCUGUAGACAGUCCUCGGAUUCAGGUGCAUUCCCUGUGCUGUCGGCCCACCCUGCAGCCCCCAGAGCCUAGAGUAGGUCAGGGGCGUGACCCACCCUGUGGGCUCACUGGGUAGCAGCCCUCCCCAGGGCCUCUGGGUGAGGCCCGGGCGCCUGGCUCC